AUGUCGCACUGGGGCCUCAUGUCGCGCUGGGGGCCCUCCCUCACUGAAUACCACACCACAGUGUUGUUCUUCACAAGGCCACUAGAGCUCAGCAGCUCAGCUGACCUGCAGACGCUGGCGGCCAGCGCUCAAAUUCUGACCUCCAGACCCGACGAACUGACAGCGGCAGACGUCACCACCGCAGCUGAGAUCGCCAACACACUCCUCUUGUCCCCGAAUGUCACGGAGAGUGUCACGGUGGCGGCGAUAGCUACUGUCAGCCAGCUGCUUAAUGCCAGUACAAAGGUCAACACUGAGGAAAAUGAUGCUGCUCUGAGCCUCACGCUGACCCUGGACCACCUCUCUGUCAACCAGAGUGCCAGCCUGGGAACGUCCCAGUCUCAGGUCGUCCAGCCCAACCUGGUCAUCCAGUCGGCUCAGAUCCCUGUGGCAGACACUCAGGGAGUCCAGUUCACCGCACUCACAGGAUCCAGCGGCAGCUUCGUGGCCGACAGAAUCCAGUUCAACAGCAACACGGCAGGCGUCCAGGUGGAGGACGGCUUCGCUGCUGACGUGCUGGUGCACGUCCGCUUCCCCCCAGCUGUCCGAGCCCAGCGAAGGUCCUUGAACGUCUCUCUGGGCUUCGUUUUGUACCAGAGCGAUAGUUUCUUCCGGUCCCGGCUGUACCGGCGGCAGCAGGGCUCCUCCUCCGUCAGAGUGGUGUCGGCCAGCGUCAGAGCCCGGGGCCGGGCCGUGGUGCCGCAGCGCGUCCACAUGAUGUUCAGACCCACGGUGCUGGCUCACACACGCCUGUACGACUACGCCUGUGUGUUCUGGGACUACAGUGUGAAUGACUGGAGCACGCAGGGCUGCGUGAAGGGGAGGGAGUCUGACGGGCUGCUGCAGUGUUUCUGCAACCACACCACCAACUUCGCCGCCCUCAUGUCAUUCAGGGAGGAUUACAAAUACGCUGAGGCCCUGAACAUCAUUUCCACCGUGGGACUCUCUCUCUCUGUCGUCGGCUUGAUCAUAACCAUCGCUCACCAAGUCAGAGAAGGCUUUAAAGCAAGAAGCUUUGAGAGGAAGAAUGUGACACUUGUGCAGGUGAGUAUCUGCGUCAGUCUCCUCGCCUUCAUCAUCACCUUCCUGGUCGGAGUCAACAACCCCGCAGAACAGAGCGCUGCUGCUGUGAAGGUCAACACCACGGAAAUCAACACCAUUCCUCACUCGGACGUUCACAUCGAGCCGGAUCGCGGCCCGUGUACGGCGGUGACGGCUCUUCUCCACUUCUUCCUGCUGGCCACCUUCACGUGGAACGCCGUGUUCGGCACCCAGCUGACCGUCCUCAUCCGGACAUCGACUACCCAUCUUCCGCCCUCCUGCACCUCAGUCAGCAUCGCAGUGGGAUGGGGAGUACCCGCUGUCAUGAUGGCCAUCACACUCGGGGCGACCUACAGGGUCAACACACCUUUGGACUACAGACGAGAGGAGUUUUGCUGGCUUGCCGCUGUGGACCGGGACGGCCACUUUGACUUUGGAAAACCGAUGUUUUGGGGAUUCCUCCUUCCAGUUGGUCUGAUCCUCGUCUACAACACCACACUGCUGGUUCUCAUUGCUCUGGAGACAUGCAAGACGAAUCCUGUUCUAGCCAGCGCAAAGUCAAAGUCCUCAUCAGCGGGGAAAAAGCUCCUCGUUUGCUUUUCCUUGGCUGUGUUACUGGGUCUCUCGUGGAUCCUGGGCUACCUGGUACUCACCAGUGAAGAGGAGGCCCAUCUCAUCUUCAGCAUUUUCUUCUGCAUCUGUACCACCACUCAGGGGCUUCAGAUAUUUAUCCUCUUCACAGCGAGAAAGCCGGCCUUCAGGAAAGCCGUGGCCUUGUCCUUCAGGUAUCUGUCCUCUGCCAGCGGGAAGUACAGCCUGAAGAGCAGCCGGGCGUCGCACAGCACAAGUUCUGACAAAAAUGGGACCUGGAAGGACCUGGACCAGGAGUUACCUGACAUAGACCUGCAGGACCUCGCACCCUCACGCUAA